CGCGCCCGCCGCGGCCGCUCCUCCUGUUGCGCCGGGAGCACGGCGAGAGGGGAAGAGGAGCAUCCUGCCGAGGAUCCCGAGCUCCGGCCCGCCUGGAACAAUGGCUGCGCUGCCGCGGCUGCUCUGCUCGGCCGCGCUCGCCCUGCUGCUCUGGGCUGGAUUUUGUUCCUCAGUGUGUGUGGAGGUCCCAUCUGAGACAGAGGCUGUCCAAGGGACGGACAUGAAGCUGCUCUGCAUCUCCUGCAUGAAGAGGGAAGAGGUGACGGCCAGCACGGUGGUGGAGUGGUUCUACAAGCCCGAUGGGGGAAAGGAUGAGCCUAUCUACGAGUACAGGAAAUCAAACCACGAAUUUCCAAGCCGCUUCAGCGGGCGGAUACAGUGGAACGGGAGCAAAGACAUGCAGGACGUGUCCAUCACCGUGCUGAACGUGACCCUGAACGAUUCAGGCAUCUACACCUGCAACAUCACCCGCGAGUUCGAGUUCGAGAUCCACCGGCCCCUCUUCCAGAGCUCCAGGAAGAUCCACCUCACCGUGGUGGAGGAGGCUGGAGAAGACUUCACCUCUGUCAUCUCAGAAAUUAUGAUGUAUAUUCUGCUGGUCUUCCUCACGCUGUGGCUGCUGAUUGAAAUGGUCUAUUGCUACAGGAAGGUGUCCAAGGCAGAGGAGGCUGCCCAGGAAAACGCGACAGAUUAUCUCGCGAUUCCAUCGGAAAACAAGGAGAACUGCGCUGUGCCUGUGGAGGAGUAGCAGAGGGGAGGCAGCGGAGUGAACGGCACCAAGGGGCUCUGAAGACAGAAGGACCAUGCCACGCCAGCCAGGUUUGAGAGGGAGCUCUGCGCCGUCGGGAGGAACACGGGGAAGUGUAAAUUCUCUUCCAUUUGCCUUGGACUCUGUACAGCCUUGACUUUGGUCCUGUGACCCCAUCUGAGCUGCCAGCCCGGUGCUGAAGGACUCUUCUGUGGAAGCAUGCUGAGCAAACAGCACAGGGGUUUGGGCAGCACAGCUCCUUCCCGAGUUUCACUUCCAUCAUCACCUCAAUGGCUUUGUAAAUGUUACCUGUCACUCCUUAGCUGCUCUCACCACCACCUUUAUUUGCUAAAUAUGCUCCUUCUCCACUGCAGAGGUUAGGGGGAUGUAUGGCACGUUGCUCUGAGCUGCAGGACUGUGAACAAGGCUCUCUUAGGGGGUUAUUCCACCACAUUCUGUGGCCAAAGCAGUUUUCUUGGUGUAAAAACAGGAAGAAUUUAAUUAAUUAAUGAAGUCACUCUGAA